UGUCAAACGCUUGAACUAAACACUCUGUUCGGCAUAGUAACUGAAAGUUUAUCAGAUAGAGCUAUACCGAAAUUUUCAAAAAAAUUAAGCAGAUCGUAAAGUCAUGCAACCACAUCGAAAUAUUAUAAAAAUGGAAGAUGGUCCUCCUCCUGGGCGUCGUAGUGACCGGUUGAGGCAGCGAAUUCGGGCAGCCAACCGGGCCGCCAGGGAAGCUGUGGUCGAGAUGAGUAUUUCUAGAUCCUCCCCUGCUAUUAUGGGGUCACAAGAACGUCCGCGAAUUGAGACCGCUAACCAGGAUGCUAGUGAACCAGCUUUGGAAGUGGGUAUUUCUAGAUCCUCUCCUGCUAUUAUGGGGCCACGAGGACACCGACGAAUUCGGGCCGCCAACCGGGCCGCUAGAGAAGCUGUGAGGGAGCUGAGUAUUUCUAGAUCCUCUCUUGUUAUUAUGGGGUCACAAGGACGUCCGCAAAUUGAGUUCGCUAACCAGGAAGCUAGUGAACCAGCUAUGGAUAUGGGUAUUUCUAUAUCCUCUCCUAUUAUUAUGGGGUCACAAGGACGUCCGCGAAUUGAGAUCGCUAACCAGGAAGCUAGUGAACCAGCUAUGGAUUUGGGUAUUUCUAUAUCCUCUCCUGCCAUUAUGGGGUCACAAGGACGUCCGCGAAUUGAGACCGAUAACCAGGAAGCUAGUGAACCAGCUAUGGAUUUGGGUAUUUCUAGAUCCUCUCCUGCUAUUAUGGGGCCACGAGGACACCGACGAAUUCGGGCCGCCAACCGGGCCGCUAGAGAAGCUGCAUUAGGAUUGCAUAUUGCUAGAUCCUCCCCUGCUGUUAUGGGGUCACAAGGACGUCCGCGAAACCCGCCUAGCCGGGCAGUGAUCAGGGCCCGAGUUGCAUCGCUUCCAGUCUCCGAGGACUUGGAGGAAGCAGAAGCAGGCGCCUCAAGAUCAUUAAUAAACUGGGAAGCAGCAACAGCGGCCGCUCCAGAAGCUGUACCAAAUGUGCCAUCACCAGAAAAUGCACCUGCAUCGCCUUCAGCUGCCGAAGCCUCAGCCGCCCGUAGAGCUCGAAGAAAUCCAUUCGUGUCAUUCAAUUUGGAAUCCCGCAGAGAGCGUCUCAGGAACCGGGCCAGGACAAGUAGAGAGCGUGGAGAUGAAUAUCGGAUUCAGCGUGAACUUUGCAAGUUUGAUCAAGAUCCGCCCGAAGGCUGUCGCAUCGAUAUUGAUGAGGAUGAUAUGUUCCACUGCUACGCAACAAUCGAUGGUCCACCCAAUACGCCCUAUGAGGGCGGGAUAUUUGAUCUUGAAAUCAUCUUUGGCGAGCAAUAUCCGUUUAAACCGCCCGAGGUAUUUUUCCACACACCCGUAUUUCACUGCAACAUUACGCUGAGUGGUGAGAUAUGUAUGGAUAUUUUGGAAUCUGAGUGGUCGCCAGCCAUAACAGUGGCAUCAUUGUUGAUAGGAAUCCGAUCGAUUAUGACAGAUCCCAAUGCAGACGAUCCCCUGGUGCUCGAUCAUGCCACCAUGUACAUUGAGAAUCGCAGGGAGUACGAGGCCCAAGCACGCCGCUGGACUCGCAGGUUUGCCAAUUCAGAUUAGAGGCGGUACCAUCUGGCUUUCCUAAAUGUCCUUAGACAUUCUUUAAUUAUCCGUUGACAUCGCAUUUUAUACAUUUUGGCACUACAAAAAC